CGGCCGGGGCGUCCAGGCACAGGGCGGCCGGGGCGUCCAGGCACAGCACAGGGCGGCCAGGGCGUCCGGGCCUUCCGGGGAGUCCAGGCACAGGGCGUCCGGGCCUUCCGGGGCGUCCAGGCACAGGGCGGCCGGGCUUUCCGGGCCUUCCGGGGAGUCCAGGCACAGGCGUCCGGGCCUUCCGGGCGUCCAGGCACAGGGCGGCCAGGGCGUCCGGGCCUUCCGGGGAGUCCAGGCACAGGGCGGCCAGGGCGGCCGGGCUUUCCGGGGCGUCCAGGCACAGGGCGGCCAGGGCGGCCGGGCUUUCCGGGGCGUCCAGGCACAGGGCGGCCAGGGCGGCCAGGGCGGCCGGGCUUUCCGGGUCGUCCAGGCACAGGGCGGCCAGGGCGGCCGGGCUUUCCGGGGCGUCCAGGCACAGGGCGGCCAGGGCGGCCGGGCCUUCCGGGGAGUCCAGGCACAGGGCGUCCGGGCUUUCCGGGGCGUCCAGGCACAGGGCGGCCGGGGCGGCCGGGCUUUCCGGGGCGUCCAGGCACAGGGCGGCCGGGGCGGCCGGGCUUUCCGGGGCGUCCAGGCACAGGGCGGCCGGGGCGGCCGGGCUUUCCGGGGCGUCCAGGCACAGGGCGGCCGGGGCGGCCGGGCUUUCCGGGGCGUCCAGGCACAGGGCGGCCGGGCUUUCCGGGGCGUCCAGGCACAGGGCGGCCGGGGCGGCCGGGCUUUCCGGGGCGUCCAGGCACAGGGCGGCCGGGGCGUCCAGGCACAGGGCGGCCG